AUGAGCAGUGUAUACUUUCCAGCUCAUGUCGUCGUCCUAUUCAAGCGACUAGUCAAUGUCGUCUCUACCCUAUCUAUCUCCAACCAAUAUGUUCUCUAUACCCAAGCCAAGGCAAAGGCAGAUUCAUCCGAGACGCCAAGGACGACCACUACUAUCCGGGAUGGAUUAAACGCAGUCCGAAACGAUCCUUCAAGGUCAUUAAACUAUUUCAAAGACGUUGAAUGGACUCGCUGGAUGCAUCGGAGCCUUUGGAAUAGGAGCCUUCUUGCAGCAGGUUGGAGUCGAGGUGCAGAUACAGAUGUCUCCGAGUCGCGAAAUGAGGUCAAUACAGAGACGCUACUGAAAGUGCUUUUGAAAGUUCAACUUCUUAAAGCAACUAUCGAAUUGCCUUCUUGGAUUCCGGGCUCUUUGUCCUGGCCCAAUCUUUUCUCCUUUCAUCGACAAGAGCCCAGCGCUCCACAGCACGAUGACGAACCACCUCCCAGUAAUUCCAGGAAGCAUACUUCGAACAACAGUGACAAGAAAUCACAUCGAAAAUCUCCUGCGAGCUAUAAUUCUGAGUCUACCGAAUUUAAGAUUCCACCCUCCCCGCCGGAUACCAUUCAUCGCCUUCUAAUCCACCCAGCUCUCUUCGAUCCCAUCCGUGCACCGCGCUAUCCUAUUGUAUUAUGUCAUGGCCUCUACGGAUUCGAUUCUCGUGGUCCAUCGUCUUUCCCAAGUAUGCGGAUGCACUAUUGGUCAAAUGUUCUCAACAUUCUCAGAGGUAAAGUUGGUGCAGAGGUGAUCGUCACCUCGGUUCCUGGAACUGGAUUCAUUUCAUCGAGGGCAUCUGCUUUGGACGAACAACUUCGGCUACGUGCUCGGGGUCGGGGAAUUAAUUUUCUUGCUCAUUCUAUGGGAGGAUUGGACUGUCGACAUUUGAUUACCCAUAUCCAGCCCCGGGAAUAUGUUCCACUUUCUUUAACGACUAUCAGCACCCCACAUCGUGGAAGUCCAUUUAUGGAUUGGUGUGCCAAUAAUAUCGGCCUCGGGAAACUUAGACAGCAAGAAAAGGAAAUGAUGCAGUCGUUGCGGAACAGUACACGACGCGACAUCGAGGAGUUCUCCUCAGGAAUCGCAGAGGAGACCGAAUCAUCGUCAAAGGCCAAAGCUGGUCCCAAAACCAAGUCUGAAUCUGCUUUUACUUUGUCAUUGAGUUCUCUCCCGUCGUCAUUUACCACACUCCUUCUCUCUAUUGUUGAUUCACCUGCGUAUGCGAACCUGACGUCGAACUAUCUAAACGACGUCUUCAAUCCAAGAACCCCAGAUGAUCCAUCAGUCAAGUAUUGGAGUGUCGCUGGGCGUAUGUCUGCGGAUAGCGUGAGCGUCUGGCACCCAUUUUGGCUACCCAAGAUGGUGUUAGACGGGGUGGAGGAAAAGGAGCGGGAAAGACUUAAAAGGGAGUGGGACGAUUUAGUGCAUACGCAUGGCCAAACAAAGGGGAAGGGGACGCCAUUGUGGGCAAAUGAACGCGAGUGGGGUAACGACGGGCUCGUAACCGUCCAAAGCGCGAAAUGGGGAGAGUUUCUAGGUAUCAUGGAGGGUUGCGAUCAUUGGGAGAUGAGAGGAGCACGAGGAAUUGAGCUGGGAGUUGAUCUACCAGCUAUUCCCGCAAUUGGAUUGGGUUCUUUUCCUCUGCCAUCGAGUUUCGGGAACCGCAGUCCAUAUACCAAUCCAACUGCCCAAGGCGAUGGUUGGGGCUUCGGUGACUGGACACGAUUUGUGGGCGCGUGGAAAAAGAGUAGCAGCAACGAGAAUGGUGACAGGAGUUCAACGUCGGAUAAAUCAACGGGUCCCUCAGCAUCUAAACCUAAAGGGGAGACGAAUGCGGAGAAACGUACUCGUGAGCGUUUGGCCGACGACCACGUCGUAAAGUCUUCUACGGACACGCUCUCCGCUGUGUUUGACUGGCUGAUCGAUAAAGUCCCUGCAUCCACGCAGAUACUCGGCGGAGGAUCUGGGUCUUCAGCGUCUUCGGCUACUGUUGGUGAUACUACGAAAGUUUCUGAUGCCGGGUCAAAUAUGAAGCAGGAGGAGAAUAUUGCUGCUCGGAAGGAAAAGGAGGCAGAAAUUGCGGUGCGCAUGGCCAGUGACAAGGAGCUCAGUGACAGUGCUGUGAAGCAUACGGUUGGGAUGUCUUCCAGUCCCACCUCGUCCAGUGCGAUGUCUGGUGCCUCGUCGGGCACACGGACGCAGGAACAAACAUCCCCCUCUUCGGAGAUGAAGAAGAGGAUGUCAGAGGAGGAUAAGGGUAGGAGGAAGAGAGAGCUAUCGAGUAAACAGGAUCUGGAGAGAUUUUACGUUGCAUUGGCGAGGAAGAUGUACGAUGAGGGGCUGUAA